AAAAAAUGCAAAGAAAAGACUGAACAAAUUUAUUUACGAUGUAUCUAUGAUUUUCGAUGUAAAUAGAAUGAAUAUAGCUGUGGAAGAUGAUGAUGAUGAAUGUCCAAAUCUUAUUCCAAUAAACUUGUCCACAGAAAUCAAUGAAGAAUGCUCUCAAGAGUCAUUUCGCGUACCUGUAACUAUUAUCACAGGAUUUCUAGGUGCAGGAAAAACAACUUUAUUGAACUAUAUUUUGACUGAGAAACAUGAGAAACGUAUUGCUGUCAUUCUUAAUGAAUUUGGCGAAGGUUCAGCAGUUGAAAAAUCUAUGGCUAUAGGCAAAGAUGGGAAUCUUUAUGAAGAGUGGUUAGAAUUGAGAAAUGGUUGUCUUUGCUGUUCUGUGAAAGAUAUGGGUGUAAAGGCGAUUGAAAAUCUAAUGAAACAAAAAGGAAAAUUUGAUUACAUUUUACUGGAAACAACUGGUUUGGCUGAUCCUGGACCAAUUGCUUCAAUAUUUUGGAUGGAUGAACAGCUUUGCAGUGACCUUUAUCUUGAUGGAAUUGUAACUAUGGUUGAUGCUAAGUAUGGUUUAUCGCAAUUAAAGCUAGAAAAACCAGAUGGAAUAAUUAACGAAGCUGUUAGACAAGUUGCAUUGGCCGAUGUUCUUAUUAUUAACAAGAUUGACUUGGUUGGGGAUCAAGACAUGGAUCAGCUGAAACAAUUAGUAAGAACUAUAAACCGUACAUGCAAGUUACAAGAAACAGAAAAAUCAAGAGUAAACCUUGAAGAAAUAUUGGACUUGCACAUGUUUGAUAACUCAACAGAAUUAAAUAGCAAAAAAAUGCAGAUAUCGGAACUCAUGCAGACAUCUCAGCAGCACAUUGAUAAGAAUGUAAGAACGGUGACAUUGAAUGUGAAAGGUGAUGUGUUGGAGGAUCUGCUGGAUGACUGGUUACAGGAAUUACUUUGGGAAAAGAGUUUUAAAAAUCCAAAUGGUGAACAAAUGAAUAUAUUACGAUUUAAGGCUCUUAUAUCUUUCACAAACGUGCAAAAAAAAGUCAUUGUACAAGCAGUUCAAGAGUUGUUUGAUAAAAUUACGACCGAGGAAUGGGCAGAAGGCGAAGAAAGAUUGAAUAGAUUGAUAUUUAUUGGCUCGAAUCUUGACGAACGUAUUCUUGAAGAAGGCUUUCGAAAAUUUUGUCUUCCUAAUUUAUAAGCUACUGCAUGGCGGACCAUUGGGCCGAACCAAGAGGACCAUUUCAGUUGCUGGUUAGACAUUCCUGAAAAUGAACGUGGCCAGUAAAAUGACGAUCGAGAGUUUAUCAACAAAUUACUCGUGAAUGAUUUAUUUGUAAAUGACUUGAUGAUACAUCUCGCUUAUUUUGGUCAUUAUAAAGAAACUUUGUUAUUGCCAUCAUGAUUAAUACUAAUGUUUUAAAUCCA